AUGGAAGAGUCAUCUGAAGGAGGAAUGAAGAAUCUGGAAGCACAAUGGGAGAAGUUUAGGCUCUCGGAGGAGGAGAUGCUUGUUGUUGAUGUUGGAAAAGAAGUAGAGCAGGAUGUAUGGGAGUGUGGGGAACAAAGUAUUGUGGGGAAGAUAUGCAUGGAAAGAUCAAUUGGAAUGGAGAUUUUAGCAGUCACGAUGGGGAAGAUUUGGAGGAUCAACAAGCCUGCUGAAUUUCGUGAGAUAGGCGAUAAUAAAUUUGUGAUUACCUUCCAAUCUUUGAGUGAUAAAUUGCGAGUGCUAGAUGGUAGACCAUGGUUGUUUGACAACCACCUGUUUGCACUUAAGACAUUUGAGAAUUUUGCCCAGCGAAAUGAGUGGAAGUUCGAAAGUGAGUGGUUCUGGAUUCAGAUCCAUAAUUUGCCAAUGUUCUGCAUGAUGAAAGAGAAGGGAAAAGUGAUUGGAGAGUCACUUGGAAGAUUGAUAGAUGUGGAUGUGCCAGGUGAUGGUAUUGGUUGGGGGGAAUUCCUACGGGUAAGGGUGGAGAUACCUCUGAGAAGGGCUGUGGUUAGAGGAAGAUGGAUUAAGGUAAAUGAAACAAAUGUAUGGGCUAAUCUUAAAUACGAGAAGCUGCCCAAGCUAUGCUUUCAGUGUGGUUGGUUAAUCCAUGGAGAGAAGGGUUGUGUGAGGGAGGGUGAGGGCAAGGGGAUUGGGAAUGUAGCUCAGGAGCAGUUUGGCUCGUGGUUAAGAGCUGAGAGGGGGCUUUAA